CACUGUCUCAGUUAGAGUGCACUGUCUUGGUCAGCCUUAUGAGCUUUCAUUUUGUUGACUGGAAGACUGUAUUUCUUCAUGCUUGUCUCAGCACAGAGGGCUGUUCAGAGAAUUUUUGCAGUGAUACUUGAGCUCUGAGCUACAGAGCAGUACGGUACAGAGCAGUGCUACGGGAAUGGGAGUACCUCGGACAAGAGGGGACUGUUUAAAGUAACUGGUUGGUUUUUAAGGAAUUAAAACUGUUCUGAAAGAUCACAAGAUUUGUCUGAUCACUGGACACUUCUUGACAUGGAUUACAGGGAAGGGUUAAGAUCAAAACAAUUAGGUGAUGAAACCCCUGGAGAGGACAGUCCCUUCCUUACUGUUCCUGACCUUGACAGGAGCUGUGAUGGGAAAAACAUGGCACUCUUUGAGGAAGAAAUGGACAGUACCCCAAUGGUGUCGGCCCUCCUCAACAAGCUAGCCAAUUAUACCAACCUGACUCAGGGGGUUGUUGAUCAUGAAAAAGCUGAGAGUGAUGAUGGAACUAAGAGGGUCACUGUCAGGGGUCCUCAUAUGGGCACAUUUAUUGGUGUGUACCUUCCCUGUGUGCAAAACAUCUUGGGUGUGGUUCUGUUUCUGCGCCUCACCUGGAUCGUGGGCACAGCUGGAAUUUUAGGAUCUUUUGCCAUCGUAUGCAUGUGUUGUGCCUGUACUUUACUGACAGCAAUAUCUAUGAGUGCCAUUGCAACUAAUGGAAUGGUGCCAGCUGGUGGCUCAUAUUACAUGAUUUCUAGGGCAUUGGGUCCAGAGUUUGGAGGUGCUGUUGGUUUAUGCUUUUACCUAGGUACAACCUUUGCUGGAUCCAUGUACAUUCUGGGCACCAUGGAAAUCUUUUUGAUGUACAUUGUGCCAACUGGAGCUUUGUUUAAUGAGCAGCUAGAUAACAUGCGGGUGUAUGGAACAUGCUGCUUGACCCUCAUGACUCUGGUCGUGUUUGUUGGGGUGAGAUAUGUGAAUAAACUGGCACUGGUCUUUCUUUCCUGUGUAAUUCUGUCCAUCAUGGCCAUCUAUGCUGGAGUCAUCAGGACUGUUAUAAGCCCUCCAGAUUUCCAAAUCUGUAUGCUGGGUAACCGCACAUUAAAAAACAUCGAAUUUGACAAAUGCAUGAAGACAGAAGUGAUCAACAACAUAACCUACACAACAGACCUAUGGAGGCUGUUCUGUAAUUCAUCUUUCCUCAAUGCAACAUGUGAUGAAUACUUCAACAAGAACAAUUUAACAGAGAUCAAGGGCAUUCCAGGCCUUUUAAGUGGAGUUAUUACAGAUAACCUAUGGGGAGAAUAUGGCUCCGAUAGGAUGCCAGUAGAGAAGCAGAACCAGGUGUCGGCACCAGUCUAUGAAAGUGUAUCAGAGAACUCCAAAGAUUACUUGCCAUAUGUCUACAAUGACAUCACCACUUUCUUCACCAUGAUGGUGGGCAUCUACUUUCCCUCAGUCACAGGGAUCAUGGCAGGAUCAAACCGGUCUGGAGAUCUGAAGGAUGCUCAGAGGUCUAUUCCUUUUGGCACCAUCAUGGCUAUUAUUACCACUUCCAUCAUCUAUAUUUCUUGUGUGGUUUUGUUUGGGGCCUGCAUGGAGGGAGUGUUGUUGAGAGAUAAGUUUGGACUCUCUGUGAAAGGAAGCCCUGUGAUAGGCACUCUGGCUUGGCCUUCACCUUGGGUGAUUGUGAUUGGCUCCUUCUUUUCUUGCUGUGGUGCAGGAUUACAGAGCCUGACUGGUGCCCCCAGGAUUCUGCAUGCCAUUGCGCAUGAUGGAAUCAUUCCCUUCCUACAGGUAUUUGGUCAUAGUAAAUCCAAUGGUGAGCCAACCUGGGCAUUGCUUCUAACUGCAGGAAUCUGUGAAAUUGGUAUCCUUAUUGCUUCUGUGGAUGCUGUUGCUCCAAUCCUUUCAAUGUUUUUCCUGAUGUGCUACCUUUUUGUAAAUUUGGCCUGUGCUGUCCAAACACUUCUGCGCACCCCGAAUUGGAGGCCACGAUUUAAAUUCUAUCACUGGAGUCUUUCGGUCCUGGGCAUGACUCUUUGUCUCACGCUUAUGUUUGUUUCAUCCUGGUAUUACGCCCUGGUGACCAUGAUGAUUGCAGGAUGUAUAUAUAAAUACAUUGAAUACAGAGGGGCAGAGAAGGAGUGGGGUGAUGGAAUCAGAGGACUGUCCCUAAACGCUGCACGCUAUGCUCUUAUCAAGUUAGAAGAAACACCACCACAUACCAAGAACUGGAGGCCACAGCUCCUGGUGUUACUGAAUCUUGACUCUGAAAUGGCGGUGAAGCACCCACGCCUGCUCUCAUUCACAUCUCAGCUGAAGGCUGGGAAAGGCUUGACCAUUGUGUCUUCAGUGCUGCAGGGAACCUAUAUGGCUCGAAGUGUUGAGGCCAAACAUGCAGCAAAAAAUGUCAAGGCAUCUAUGUCUGAAGAGAAAACAAAGGGCUUCUGUCAUGUUGUGGUUUGCUCUAAUUUGAGAGAUGGUUUCUCCAACUUGAUCCAGUCAGCUGGGCUGGGAGGCAUGAAGCACAAUUCUGUAUUGAUGUCAUGGCCGAUCAACUGGAGACAGGCUGAGGAUUCAACCUCCUGGAAAAACUUUAUCGAGACAGUGAGAGAGACGACUGCUGCACACCAGGCCCUGCUUGUGGCAAAGAACAUUGACUUUUUUCCGAGUAACACAGAGCGCCUGGCUGAGGGCACCAUUGAUGUGUGGUGGAUUGUCCAUGAUGGAGGCCUUCUCAUGCUGCUUCCAUUUCUGCUUCGCCAGCACAAGGUGUGGAAAAAAUGUAAGAUGCGCAUCUUUACUGUGGCACAGCUGGAUGACAACAGCAUUCAAAUGAAGAAGGAUCUGCAGAUUUUUAUGUAUCAGCUGCGCCUGAAUGCUGAAGUGGAGGUGGUGGAGAUGCAUGAGAGUGACAUCUCGGCCUUUACUUAUGAGAGGACCUUAGUGAUGGAGCAGCGUUCUCAAAUGCUGAAACAGAUACAGCUGUCCAAAACUGAGAGGGAAAGAGAGAUUCAAAGCAUUUCAGAUGAAUCCAGGAGCUCUGUUAAAAGAAAGAACAAACCAAAGGGCCCGACUCCUAACACUUUACAAGUGCCUGGCGUUGAAGACCUGGAGCAUGAGGCUCACAUGUUUCAUGAAAGAAAUUCUAAGUGCCAUGGUGGCCAGCAAGAAAGGAACAGCCCUGACACUCAUCAGGUCCACAUGACUUGGACUAAAGAGAAAUAUGCUGCUGAGAGGCAUCGACAACGUGAGGCUGGAGCAGGCAUACGAGACUUCUUUAACAUGAAGCCAGAGUGGGAACAUCUAAGCCAUUCCAAUGUCAGAAGAAUGCACACCGCAGUCAAACUGAAUGAAGCUGUGGUCAACAAAUCUCAGGAUGCCCAUCUUGUCUUACUGAAUAUGCCUGGACCACCUAAAAACAAGGGUGGUGAUGAGAACUACAUGGAAUUUUUGGAGGUGUUAAUGGAAGGUUUGGAGCGGGUUCUGCUAGUACGAGGUGGAGGAAGAGAAGUCAUCACCAUCUACUCAUAGUUCACAAUGAAAAUGAGUAGUACUCAGGGAAUGUUUAACAUCAAUAUUUUAACUACAACUGGAAAAUCAGUUAGACCUAUUCAGAAAAGCUUCAUUUGGUCAAACCUGUUCUUAAUUCUGUCUUAAGCAUUUAUUUCUAUUUUUAUAGCACAAAUAAUAGAAUUACAGAUCAAAUACCCAUAUGACAUUUAAGUACAUAUAUUUCUGAUGCACACUAUGAUAGAAAGGAUGUGUUCACAUCUGACACAUAAAACACUAUUUACCAAAGGUUUUAUUGGGCACCAAAAUAAAGAUUUCACAUCAUCUCUAAAGAUUUCCCUGGAGAUAUGACAUAAUUAGCAAAAUAAUAAGUAUAACAUAUUAACAAAAGCCUUUUCUGGUAAUACCGAACAAUAGCAAAACCCUACAUCUGUAUGAAAGUGAAACUAAAUAUUGAUAUUAUAUAUUAAACUUGGUUAUAUUACAUUAUAUUUUAUAUUAUAGAUGCUGUUAUGUUAUAUUAACGUUGUUGUCACUGAUAUUUUUUUUCUUUCGAUUUUUUUAAUAUAAUAUGCUGCUAUUGUAAUAGGAAAGUGUUUCUUCCUAUUGACUAUCGAAGGGUGUCAUUUCUGAACAAGAAGACUUUUAUUAUGCAAUUCAUUUAUGUAAAUCCCAGAAUUUCAAAAAAGGAGUUGUGGAAGAUGUAGUUUAAUGAAGACUGAAAUAUAUACAUGGUGGUGCAUGUGAUGCCUGCUGUUAACAAUGUUCUUGUGGAAAAAGAUGAGAUGAGACUGAUAUUAUAGCAAACACCUCAUUAGCUCAGAUAAAUAUGUAUAUAGAGACACUGUACAGAAAUGUGUACAUAGAUAGGAUGUCUUGAUUUUCUAACAAGUGGCCUUUAAGUAUUUUUGUUCAUUCUUAGUCAAACAGUACAAUGUGGUAGCAUGCACUGUUUUAGAGUUAGUAUGUUUGUGAAAAUUAGCAUUUUUGUGUUUAUUGCAUUGUCUAUUAUGUUAACAGUCUAUGUUAGUAAACCUCCAGGCUUGGAAUCCUUUUGUUUGAUGGAUUGUUUUUACUUCCACACUAAAGGCAGGUGAUUUUUUAUUAAACAAUUUAUUCUUCCAAUAAAUUCACUGGAAUGAA